AUGGUCGAACAUGUAUUUAGCCAGUCUCCAAGAUAUUCUCCAAAUAACGAUGGAAUUCAUAUUCAGUCUUCUCAAUUUGUGACCAUUACCAAUUCUAAUAUAAGCUCUGCUACGUGGAAUGAUUGUAUUUCAAUUGGAGAUCAUAGUUCUUAUAUUAAUAUAUCUGAUAUCCAUUGUGGACCAGGUCAUGGUAUAAGCAUUGGAAGCUUAGGAAAAGGUGGUAAUUUAACUCAAGUGGAGAAUAUCAAUGUGAGCAAUUCUUUCUUCUCCGGAACAACAAAUGGAGCUCGUAUCAAGACAUGGCAGGUUGGCACAGGAUAUGUACGAGAUGUUCGAUUUGAGAAUCUUGAAUUCAACUCUAUGGACAACCCCAUUAUCAUUGACCAAAAUUAUUGUGAUGUCCGAGGAGCCUGUAAAGAAAUGCCAAUAGGAGUACACAUUAGCAAUGUUGUUUACGAGAACAUGAAAGGAACAUCAAGUACAGAUAUAGCAAUAAACUUGAAUUGUAGUAAUUCAGUGCCAUGCACUGAUAUUACACUGCAACAAAUACGGUUAACAUCAGCAACUCUUGGAGGGAAAGUUACAGCAUAUUGUAAGAAUGCUCAUGGCCAAUAA